GCAAAAAAUAAAUACUUAAACCAAUUAACUGUGUGAAUAGUCUGAUACAACCACGCAACAAGGCACGCUACCAAAAUAUAUUCUUUUAAACAGUAAUUAUCUUUAAAAUAAAGACAUACGUUAAAAAGGGGAUUUGAAGUAAUGAGUAGUGGUUUGGAUAGUAAUUAUAUAUAGGUACACAUUUGUCUUCCAAUACAGCAUGCACUUGAAAUUAACUUAUUUUAAGUAACCUGUGUUUUUUUUUUUUUUUUUAAUUUAAAAUAAUAAAUCAUAUAUUGUACCCCUGAUAAAAUGCUGUAUAUGGAACUUAAAUUUAGUUCAUGUGUUUAUGUGCCGAGCCAAGUCAGAUACUGCACUGUCGCACUCAGUAACACAGCUUCACUAGUGCUGAAAUGUCGUAUUUUCAGCAUGCUUUAAGUUUCGCGUUCAUGGCACUGCAUUUCCACCUGCUGUCAAGUGUUACAUGGAUAGAUUCAACACAAUCACAGACAAAAGUUUUGCAUUUUAAUAAAAAUGACGCGAGAUGUUCAGAUGACAGGCAUUUUUACAUCAACACGACGAAGAAAAACAACUCAAGUUGCAGUAAAAUUACAGAAAACUCGCUUUCUUUGGACGUACUGGAGAUUUCAUCCAAGAGACUACUAGCUGCAUUUCCACUGGAUCCUGUAAGAGAUAGUUCAGUACGCACUGUAAGGAACUGUGUGUUCUCUGUUGCUCAGCCUACUCCGCUGAAAGGUCCAUUGAAAGUUGCUGCAGUGUCAAAGGAGGUUCUGGAGGAUAUAUUAGAUUGGGAUGUUUCAGCAGCAGAAACAGAUGACUUCAUCCACUUUCUCAGUGGAGGAAAAUUGCUGCCUGGAUCAGUACCUCUUGCUCAUAGAUACGGUGGCCACCAGUUUGGAUUAUGGGCUGGUCAGCUGGGUGAUGGGAGAGCUCAUUUGCUUGGAGAAUAUAUAAACAGACAUGGUGAGAGGUGGGAGAUUCAACUGAAAGGCUCAGGAAAGACGCCAUAUUCCCGGAAUGGAGAUGGGCGAGCGGUGAUACGCUCGUCAGUGCGGGAGUUUCUCUGCAGUGAGGUCAUGCAUUACCUGGGGAUUCCCACGAGCAGGGCUGCGAGUCUCAUUGUCAGCAAUGAAGUGGUAUGGAGAGACCAGUUCUAUAAUGGACAUGUGAAGAAGGAAAAGGGAGCAAUUGUUGCGCGUGUAGCAAAGUCGUGGUUUCGUAUAGGAUCAUUGGAAAUAUUAGCAAACUUUGGUGAGAUCGAUUUGUUAAGGAAAUUACUAAACUUUGUGAUAGAUGAACAUUUCCCAUCAAUACAUGCAAGUGACUCAGAUAAGUAUCUGGACUUCUUCUCCAGAGUAGUGACGGACACUGCCAAUCUUAUUGCACUCUGGAUGUCAGUGGGGUUUGCACAUGGUGUAUGCAACACAGACAACUUUAGUUUGCUCUCAAUUACAAUUGAUUACGGUCCUUUUGGCUUUAUGGAGUCAUACGAUCCCAAUUUUGUACCCAACACCUCUGAUGAUGAAGGAAGGUAUAAAAUAGGAAACCAGGCGAAUACUGGGAUGUACAACCUUGACAAGCUCAGAGAGGCGCUAAACCCUGUACUCGACACAAGGCAGCAGCUUUCGGCAAUGCAGAUACUUAAGGGCUAUCCUGAUAUUUACAACAAAAGGUUCCAGGAGUUAUUUAAAUCCAAGCUAGGGUUACUCGGAGAAGAAGCUGGUGAUGCCUUUUUAAUUGCAUACUUGCUGAAGCUCAUGGAGGACACACAAGCAGAUUUUACAAUGACCUUCCGGCUGUUCAGUGAGAUUUCUGUGCAACAGCUACAGGAUCAAAGUAUUCCACAGGAGUUCUGGGCUUUACAGGACCUUGCCAGUCACAAGUUAUUUUCAGACUGGGUCGCUAUGUAUUUGUUAAGGCUGAGAAGGAAUGCAAAUGAUUCAGAUAAAGAAAGAAGAAAGAGAAUGAAAAGGAUAAAUCCUAGGUACAUUCUAAGGAACUGGAUGGCGGAGUCUGCAGUUAGAAAAGCUGAAAGGAGUGACUUCUCUGAGGUGCAUCUUCUGCAGCGUGUACUGAGCGCCCCCUUCCAGAAGCAGACAGAGGCUGAAGAGGCUGGCUAUGCUUCCCGUCCCCCUAGCUGGGCUGAAGAGCUACGUGUUAGCUGCUCAUCUUGACCACUGCAGGAAGUACAUAACCAGCAGAGGAGCAACCUACUUGAGAACUAGGACUUCGAGGAAAUACUUUUGAUUCCCAAUGUAGCAGUUUAGUGUAGUUUGUCAAAUACUUCUAUAUUUUAUUAAACUCAAUUGCAAUGGUGGUGUGCAUUAUCCUAGCACCCCUGAAACAUCUUUAAGGUUUCAACAAAUCUGUCAAUACAGGUUUAUUAAGUCUCCUUGUUUUUGUCAGGGCUGUUAAAUUUUAUGUCACGUUAUUAGGCUUUUUGAAUAUGACUGUGGGCACAAUUCAGAUAAAAUGAGGA